GCGCAUUUUGCUUAAGGCCUAUCAUGUUCGAAGUCUCUCGGCCUAGCACCAUAGGGCGGCUAAGUCCCUAGUUGCGGCUCCCUUUUCUAGGGGUACCGUCAUGUCUUCGUCAAUUACACGUUGAGAAGCUUGGCUCGAUCAAAUGCCGUCACUAACAUUCAUUCUAGUCCCAUGACAAAUAUAAACCCCCAGCAGGGCUCAUACAUUUGGCUUGGAAAGUAUUCGUCGAGUAAGGUUGUACACCCUCUUAAACUAGGUGAAUACGAAUAUCAUCGUCCUCUACAAGGGCAAUUUAUCAUAGGAAAUUGGAAAAAAUGCGUGCAAAUCUGCUUCUCAUCGGCCUAACGGCGGCUACGACGUCGACCACUCUCGCUGCAACAGUCCUGGCGUACGCUCCUGACAGCAACGAGGUCGCUGCUCGUCAGGUUCUUACCUCGUUUUCCGAUACUGUACCAUUGACUACGAAUUCGGAUUCAUCAUCCGCUACAGAUGCUGCGUCUUCAUCGUCAUCCACCGACUCGUCAGGAUCUUCAGCGACAGACUCUUCGUCAUCUGGAACCGAUUCCUCCGCAUCGUCGUCAGCGACCGAUAGUUCUUCCUCUUCAUCCAGUUCGGGGGAUUCUUCCUCUAGUACUAUGUCGGGAAGUGAUUCAUCUAGCAUGAUGGACUCUUCGAGUAUGAGUAUGAGUAUGAGCGACAGCUCUACGGGCGAAGGAGCAUCUUCGACUUCGGGAGGCGGAGGAUCGACCGGUCUUGCGCCGAGGGCUACUGCCGCCCCGGCUGCCGGUGUGGCGGCUGCUGCUGGGCUAGUUGCCGCCGCUCUGAUCUAAGGCGUAUUCGGUCCUGUGAUCAUUGGUAUACGGCAGGGAAUUAAGAGGGGUCGAGCAAAUUUGGACAUCACUCAUGGCGCUCGUUAAUUGGGUAGUAUGGUCAGGCUAUCUCCCUGUAUAUAGACAAAAGUCGGAUGCGCUCAUUAAUGGUAUAAGAUAUUGCCCUUGACGACAAGUGCAGAAUUGUUAGUGCGAACAUGAUAUAGGUGCUUGAAUCUCAAUGGUCGUCCUCUCGCGACUGACUAGCUGGUGUAUAAUGGUGAAUAGCCACUUCGGUGUAGAUUCG